AUGACAUCGACUCUGUCUGCCAAUGCAAAAGGAAAGCAAAAAAUGCUUGAAAUUCAACCUGUCUAUGCAAAGGCAGUAGCCGCUGCCACUGGAUCGACAAUGACUGCUCUCACUAUGACGCCUUUUGAUUUGAUCAAGACCCGACUCCAAACGCAGCCGACAGCUACCGUAGCUCCUCCAACGCUGUUCCCGCGGCCCCCUCUGCAAGCCAAGGCAGGCGUAUCCUCAGGCCUCGCAUCCAGCUGCUGCAGACCAUCGUCUUUGCCCUGUGUUCGAAACAUAUCUUCCCUUGCUGCUGCUUAUCCAUCACACGCGUCGAUUCCCGGGCACUCCGAGAGUCUAGUCUGUCUUUGGGAUGGCACGUGGCGAACAGAGCGAGUAAAGGGAUUCUGGGAUGCAGUUGUAAAAGUGUCACGAUCGGAGGGUAUUGCGGGUUUGUGGAAAGGAGUUGGAACAUCGUUGACGAUUGCUGUUCCUGCUUCUACAGCCUACAUGCUCACGUAUGACUACCUGAAUCAUUCCCUUCCAGUGGCGCAAGUAGCCCCACUGCUUACUCCACUUACCGCUGGUAUUGCGGCACGGACUAUCGUUGCGACUUUUGUGUCUCCGUUAGAACUAGUGCGAACACGACUUCAGUCCACGCCUGUCUCACCAGGCACUCCGCAUACGAUGAAGUCGGUUCUGGACGGUAUCCAAAAAAUGGUAGCCAAUGAUGGAUUAAGAACUCUUUGGAGAGGUUUGGGGCCGACCCUUUGGAGAGAUGUUCCAUUCAGUGGCAUCUACUGGGCUGGUUACGAAAGCGGCAAGCGCAUAGCGAAUAACCGUGGGUAUACUGGUGUGGAAGUGGCAUUCGGAAGCGGCGCCCUCUCUGGAAUGGUCGCGGCUCUUGUCACUAUGCCAUUUGACACACUCAAAACUCGACGGCAAGCCGCGUUGAUUUCCAGCGCCGAGGGCGCAACCAACUCCACUGUCUCGUUAGGGAUGACGGGGUUGAUACGUCAGAUAAUCCACACUGAAGGUCCAACAGCGCUGUUUGCUGGUCUAACGCCUCGCGUUGCAAAGAUCGCACCUGCGUGCGGUAUCAUGAUUGCCUGCUAUGAAGGCGUUGGAAAAUUCUUGAGUCCCGUUGAUCCAGACUCCGAUGAGGUAACUGCGUAG